AUGCAGCCUUUUUAAGAAAAAGACAUACUUGACUUUAUGGCUUUAACUGGAUGUUAAGAUGAAUAAAAAGCAUAUGAAUAUAUUUAGAUGGGGGACAAUAACUUAGAAGUUUGUUUAUAUACAUAUAUUUAGAAUGCUCUUUAACUCUAUCUAGAUUUAGAAGGACAACCAAAUUUAAGUUAGUAAUCAAGUUAUCAAUCUUAAAAUUCAUCAUAGCCAUAAAAUCAGCAAAAAAUUUAUAAUUAGCAAGAUAUUAAAGAUGGUAUUUUCAGUUCUUAGAAAUAGUGAAUACUAUGAUUUUCAAUCAAAAUAAUCCACCUCCAGAUUUAAUUCGUUAGAGAUCAGCACCAGAUACAAAUUUAAUUGAGAGAUAUAAAAAAUAUUAAGAGGAAAAAAGAGCUAAUGAUGAUGGUAUCUUAAAAAAAAGCUUAAAGUAUGGUUGGAAGGCAUUAACCUCUAUUUGUAUUAAAAUUUUUCUAAUUUUUCAGUUCAACUAAAACAAAAUCAUGGAAUAGAAUUUUAGACAUAUCUUUAAUAACAAUAGAUUUAAACAAUUGUCAAUUUCUAAAUGGGCAACUUUAUUGAUAAUCUGUAGAAAGCCCAUUAAGAAUCAAAACCUUUAUUGAUAUAUUUACACAAUCAAUAAUCUUUGCUUUCAUUAUAGAAAAUGAUAAACAGCAAAAAUUUUGUUUAGAUUGUUAAUAAACAUUAUCGUAUUGUGGGAUUUUUGUAAAGUCCCCAAGUAGAUGAUUAGUUGCCAGUUAAACCUGAACCUCCAUCUUUUCUUAUCUACAGAUUAGAUUUAACUGAGUAACCUGUAUUAAUGGACACAAUAAAUUUGACACUAGAUAGUAACUUUGAAGAGUUAGCUGUUUAAUUAAAAAUACUAAAUGGUUAAUUUAAUAAGUAAUUUAUUUUGGAAGAAUAAGUUAAGAGAGAAGUUGAUACUCCAUCUUAAUAUCUUCCAAAUUAUUAUGGUUAAUAAUAAUAAUAAAAAUAGUUUGAGAGAAGAUAGUAGGAUAUAAAAUAAAGAGAAAGAGAAUAAUUAAUAUAAUAAUAAUAAGAAGCUUAUAGAAGUGCAGAAUAAUAAGUGUUAGAGAAAAAAAGAAUUAAAUAAGAAUUACAAUAAUAAGAGGAGAAUAAAUUAUUGGAAUAACAAUAAUUAAAUGUAUGAAAUAAUUUAAUGUUAGGAAAUUAGACUGUUAUAAAAAGCAACUAUACUAUCAAACUUACCAGAUGAACCUAAUGAUGAAGAAGGAAUUGAAAUUUUAUUUAGAUUUCCAUAUGCAACUAAAAGUAGAAGAUUUCAUUUUAAUGAAAAAAUAUCAGUAAAAAGUUGAUUAAACUAUUAGUCGAUUUUUGAAUAUGUUAUAUGUUAAGAAGAUGAUUGUUUCAAUGAUCCUAAUUAAAAAAUAGAUCUUAUUUAGAAUUUUCCAAGAUUAUCAUUAUAAGAUAAAUAAGAUUAAAUUAUUAGUGAUAUCUUUACAGAUUCAAAUAAGAUUUAGCUAAUUGUAGAAGAAUAUGAAUGA